AUGAUGGCGUACCCUAUGCUGCGGGCCAUCAAUAAUGGCUUUUUCGGUACCGGAGAGGGACCCGAGACUUAUGGCUACGAAUACAAGUAUAAAGAUUAUGAUCACGAUGACGUUCAUUUUAAAAACGACCGAGAUGUGACCAUUUUUGUGAUCGCGUAUAUACGCCGUAUAGCAUUGAAAAACUACUACGGUGUUUCAUACAGUGCUUGGGCUAAUCACCAGUACUGCAAAUCUAUCCAAUAUAUGCGUACUUUAGUUUUAUUAUACGUUGCUCUGGUGUGCGCACAGUUGGCACUGUCCGUAAGUAAGCCUCGAGUUGUCUGUUAUUAUCCCAACUAUCGACUAAAAGUGAACCCAAUUGAAACCAUUGACCCAACACUUUGUACACACAUUCACUACGCGUUUCAUAUAUUGGACACCAAUAAUAACGUGAUUGUCGACAGAGUGGGCGCCCGACCCGAUAUAUACCGGCGCCUAAACGCACUCAAGACUCGCAAUCCUGAGCUCAAAGUGAUUGUAUCGGUCGGCGGUGCAAAAGCCCCCUCCGAACCAUUUUCUAAUCUAGUUAAUAAUUCCAGUUUAAGGGCGGAGUUUAUCAAUAAUACAAUUGCAUAUUUAAAACAAUAUGGUUUUGAUGGCCUGGACCUCGACUGGGAGUAUCCGGUGUGUUGGGCCGGUAAUUGUACAGCGGGUCCGCAAUCUGAUAGGGCUAACUUUGGUAAACUACUUAGGGAAUUAAAGGCUGCCUUCGAUAAGCAGAGUCCACGGCUGUCACUAUCAGCCGCCGUAAAGGCUGGUAAACCCGGCGGUCCCUACGAACAGGCCUAUGACUUUUCUGCUCUGGCCGAAUCACUGGACUACAUAAACGUGAUGACAUACGUAUUGUAUGGCCCCUGGAAUCGCAAGACUGGCCAUCACUCGCCGUAUCAAAAGUGCAUAGAUUAUAGUCAAUCGUAUGUAACAAAAGGUGUCCCCAAUAACAAGGUGUUAAUAGGAGUGCCCUUUUAUGGCAAAGUGUUUGCAUUGAAAAACUCGAGUCAACACUCUAUGGGAGCUCCCAUUACGGGCGCCGGCAACACACCGGACGGACACAACGGCGCCGCCUAUUAUAGGGAAAUGUGUGAUUUGGUUAAGAAUAAGAGUUGGCUUAAGGAGACAAACGACCAGGGUCACGACCCCUUUGCGUAUCACGAUAAUUUAUGGGUUGGUUAUGACGACCCAUACCAAAAAUAA